AUGAUCACCGGCCUCGCACACAUCAACCUCCUCGUUCCCGAGGGGUCUCUUCCCGAAGCCAACGAAUUCUACGUCCAAACCCUUGGUCUAACAGCCCGUCCAGUCCCCCAGGCGCAGGUCGAAACGACGGCGUGGUUCGACAUCGCAGGAGGACCCCAGCAAGUCCAUAUCGCAUUCGGCGUAAACGAAUCGCUGGAAUCCUCGCGUCAUCCCUGCUUCAAGAUUGGAUCUCUGGAGGAUCUACAGAAGUUGCAGCAAAGAAUCUGGGACCAUCAUGUUCGUGGGGGACGGGCUGCGCCGAGAGAGGCGGAUAAGCCAGGGGAGGCUAUUUCUGGUGAGAUGACGGAGGAGUAUCCGACACGGUUUUUUGCGAGGGAUUUCGCAGGGAAUCGGUUGGAGUUUAGUUUGUAG